CCGCCCUCGCCGCCGCCCCCUCCGCCUCCUUCCGUUGCCGCAACACACUGCUCUCCGGAAUAUACCAACACACGAACACAGAAAACACAAACAGCACAGACACGCACACAUACGCCAUUACGUGACGCGAGGUUCUUCCCAGGGGGGCCAUCACCCAACACCUCUCUCGGCCGACACCCGAGAAGCCAUCCAUCGGGCCGCUCGCUGCCCUCCUCCUCCUCUUCCUCUUGCGCGCCCCGUCGCAGUGUGACAUAGCCGCACGCGCGCCCGGUUCGCCCUUUACUCUCCAUCUCUCCCGCUCGCCUCUCCUCGGUGUGUCCCCCCCGACACGCAACUACCGCCAUGGACUACGCAAAGUUCGACCAGGCGGUCGCUCUCUGCUUUGACUCGGCCUCGCCGGCCGACGUCAAGGCCCAGGCCCUCGAGUAUGUGGAGAUGAUCCGUCUCGCGCCGGAUGGCUGGCGCUUCUGCCUGCAGCUGUUCCUGGAGCGCCCGGCCGGCAUCCGCGGCGAGACCUUCUACAUCUGCCUGCAGGUUCUGCAGGAUGCCGUGCAGUUCCGGUAUGCGGCCAUCCCGACCGACCAGCGUCUCUCCCUGCGCAACUCCCUGAUGCAGUGGCUCUCGUCCUUCGCCACUGCCCACGCGAAUGACCCUGUCUAUUUCAAGCAUAAGUUCCUCACCGUCCUGGUGCACAUCUUCAUGCAUGAAUACCUUACCUCCUGGGGCUCUUUCUUCCAGGACAUCCUGUCGCUCAUCCACCAGAGCCCAGCCAUGGUGGACAUGUACCUGCGCAUCCUGAUCAUCCUGGAUCAGGAGCUGAUUUCGCGCGACAUCCAGCGCUUCCCCACCGAGGCGGCGCUGGCCACCAACAUCAAGGACCGCAUGCGCGACACGGAUGUCCCCCAGCUGGUGGACUCCUGGUACUUCAUCCUCGGGACAUACCACUCCUCGGACCCGGGCCUGAUCAACCUCUGCCUGAGCGUCAUCGGGAUCUAUGUCUCCUGGAUCGAGCUGGAUCUGGUCGUCACGCCGAACUUCGUUUCGGCCUACAGCAGCUUCCUCAAGUCCGAGCAGUUCCGCGACGCCGCAUGCGAAUGUGUCAACGGCAUUGUCCUCAAGGGCAUGCCCCCCCUCUCUCGCCUGGCCCUCCUGGACAAGCUGCACCUUCACAACAUCUUCGAGGCCUUCAUCAUGAAGUCCUCCGACAUCAGCGAGCCCGUGAUCAAGCUCUUCAAUGACACGGCCGUCUCGCUGAUCUCCUCUUGGAAUGAGCUGGCCGGCGAGAAGGCCUACCAGGCGCAGGUGUACACCGUGAUCGAGUCCCUGCUGCCGGUCCUGUACAAGCUGCUCGGUGAGUCGGAGGACACGGACCUCGGGGUGAUUUUCGAAUUCUCGCAGGCCUUCCUGGUGCUGCUCCGCCAGUCGGCCCGCAGCACCCCCCUGACUGGGGAGCAGCUUGCCGCGCUGGAGCGUCUGCUGCAGAUCCUGGUGUCGAAGCUGAAGUUCCCGGCGGACUUCGACUUCAGCCACGACGAUGAGGGCCGGCAGGAGGUGGACGACUUCCGCCGGACAAUCAAGAUCCAGCUGGACCACAUCUGCUCCAUCCAGCAAUCGAUCUUCGUGAGCUUCGUCGAGCGCAACGUGCUGGCCGUCCUGUCGAACCCAUCGGCUCCGUACCAGGACGCGGAGCUGGCCCUCUUCCUGCUGUAUACCUACAGUGACUGCAUCAAGACCUCGCUGCGUUUCUCGCGCACGGUCCCCCCCGAGGAGCAGGCCCUUUUCUCCCUGCACGCGAUGCUGCACUCCAUGAUCACCAGCAACAUCGUGUCGUACCCCCACUCGGCAGUGCAGCUGCUCUUCUUCGAGAACGCCGUGCGGUAUGCCCAGUUCUUUGGCGUCUUCACCGAGUACAUUGAGGCCACGCUGGUGGCUUUCCUCGACAGCCGUGGCCUGCGUCAUCAUGACCCCUACGUCCGCCGGCGUACCACCUACCUGCUGGCGCGCUUCGUUCGCACACUGCUGUCGCAACUGACCCCCCACACGAAUGCCCUGCUGAGCGGCAUCCAGGAGCUGCUGGCCCUGCCGGAGCCGACCCUGGCCACCAGUGCCAUCUUCCAGGCGGUGCCGGCCAAUGCGGCGGCCUGGCAGCAGCUCCUGCAAGACCGGGACUCCGGGCCGGCCAAGGCCGGGGUGCCGGCCGAGCCGGGGUCCGGAGCCGUGGCGGCCGCCGGGCAGCACUUCUCCCAGUUCGAUGAUCAGCUGCACCUGUUCGAGGUGGUGGGGCUGCUGCUGGGGAACCGGUCCUUUGCGCCGGCCGAGCUGGCCGGGCAAUACACGGUGACCGUGGUGCAGCCGCUGCUGACGCAGAUGAGUGCCAUCCUGCAGGAGGGCCGGUACCGGGAGGCGCCGCCCGGCCGGGCGGCCACCGAGCCGCGGCAUCUGGCGCUGCUUCACAUGGCCGUGACGGCCAUCUCGCACUUGGUCAAGGGCUUCCCAUCGGCCCAGCAGCCGGCGGCCGGGGCCGGGGGCGGUCACUCGGCAGCCAGCUGGGAGCCGGCCCUGCGUGACUGCCUGCAGGCGGCGCUGGCCGUGCUGGACGCCCUGGAUGCAUAUCAGAAGGAGCUGGCGGCCGCGGGCAAUGCCCCGGGCACGGCGUGGCUGGUGGCGGUAGAGGCCCCGAUGCGGGACGCGGUGCGGCAGCUGUUCCAGCGUCUUGUCGGGUGUGCCACGUGCGAUCUGAUGGCCCUGGUGCCGGGGGCACUGGAGCGCCUGCUGCGGCAUGCGAGUGCCUUUGCGCUGGCGGAAUUCCUGCCGGUCCUGGCGCAGCUGACCUUCCGCUAUCGGGAGGCUUUCCUGCCGACCCUGGCCGGGCUGUUCCCGGCGGUGGUGGCACAGAUUUUGCCCUUCGCGCGACAGGAGCUCGGCCUGAUCGAGCUGGCGGCUGGCAGCCCGAAGCCCGGAGCCGGGGGAGCCGGGGGCGGCCCGGGCGGUGCCGGGGCCGCCGGGGCCACCACCGCCGGGGCUCCGCCCGGGGGGGCGAGCCAGCCGCAGCAGCCGGCGGCCGCGGCGGCCGGGGCCCAUGCGCCUGGCUUCAAGGGCGGCACGGCCGGCGGCACGGCCUCCUCCAGUGUGGCGGCCGCGGCGGCGGUCGGUGCCACGGUCAACACGGAGGAGCUCCAGCGGCUGAAUGACAUCCGCCGGGCGUACCUGGCCUUCCUGAAUGCCAUCUUCCAGGAGCGCAUGGAGCAUAUCCUGGUGUCGGAGGUCAAUUUGCCGGUGCUGCCGACCAUCCUGGCCAGCGUGACGCUGCUGGCCGCGCGGUGCCUGGAGCCGGCCAUCCAGCGGGCGGCCCUCGGGGUCCUGUCGCGCAUGGCGGUGGCCUGGCUGCAGCCGGGGGACGGGCAGACCCCGUUGCCGGGCGGCCCGGGGGCCCCGCCGCCGGAGCAGGCCCUCCCCCCGCCGCCGACGGAGCCGGUGAACAUCAGCCGCCUGCGUCUGCCGGACUUCCUGCCCUUUGCCCUGAAUGAGGUCCAGCCGUUGGUGUUCUCCAUCCCCCUGGCGCCGACAUUUGACGUGUCGAAUGCCAGCUCGCUGGCGGUGUUGAAUGAUCUGACGCUGCUGCAGCAGCGCCUCAUCCAGACGCUGGGGGUGUCCUGCACGUCCUUCCUGACCGGGCAGUACCUGCCGAGCAUCGGCCUGCCGGCCGACGUGGCGGCCGACUAUGUCAACGCCGCCAUGAACCAGGACCCGCGGCAGUUCCGUCAACUCUUCCGUCGUUUCAUCACGCGCCACCGCGGUGGCUGAUGUCGUCGGGCGGGGGAGGGGGCGGGGGGGGGGG